ACUUGUACAUUUAUAUUAUUACUUUGCAUCGUAUAAUAUUUGCUGUACAUGAUAAAACUUUCGAGAUUGACUACUAGGUAUCGCUUCGAUCACUACGGAUUUCGGAUCAUUGCCCUAUUAUAAGUUUUUUUUUUAUUUUGUUAUUUUUAUAAUAUAAUGAAAUAUAAUUUUUUCGAGUAAAUGGAGAAACUGAGAUAAACUUAGAAUAUAUAUCAACACAUGUUAUCACCAGGAAACUAUACUAAUUUAUAACGGUUAGAAGACAAGUAACUGAGCCAAAACACCAUCUAUGAUCAGCUGUAAUCAGGGAUUUGACAUAUGUAGGAAGCAGCAGAAAACAAUUCUUUAUGUGAUAUAUAAAAGGUUUUAAGGUUAAUUCAAGUGUAACACUGUGAUAAAACUUUCAUAAAUAAUUUUGACGGAAGUUUAUAAUUAUAAUAUUACGACUUUGAUCGUAACCAGAUUUAAGUAUAAAAACGAAGAAGUUUAAAUGUUAAGCAGUUAUGGCAACGCCCGUCGCUGAUAAGAAACCGCGAGUGAUUGUUUUAGGAGGAUGCGGUUUCAUUGGGCGUAAUCUCGUGGAGUAUUUACUGGAUAAUGAUUUGGUAUCGUACCUACGUGUUGUAGAUAAAGUGCCUCCGCAAACUGCCUGGUUAAAUUCGAAACACGCGAAAAUUUUUGAAAAUCCUCUACUUGAAUUUAAAAGCGCUAAUUUAAUAAAUGCAGCAUCCUGUCAGAAUGCAUUUGCUUCUGAUAAAUCGAUUGAUUAUGUUUUUAAUUGUGCUGGAGAAACAAAAUGCGGGCAAACAGACCCUGUUUAUAAAGAAGGCAUUUACAAAUUAAGUAUUAAUUGUGCUCAACAAGCUGCCAAAAUUAAAGCAAAUCAUUUUGUUGAAAUAUGUUCAGGCAAUCUGAGUUCUUCUGAAAAAGUACCAUGUAUAGAAGAAGAAAAUGGAGAUCCAUGGACAUUUGUUGCAAAAUAUAAAUUACAAGUGGAACACGAUCUGAAGAACAUACCAGAUUUAAAAUAUACUAUUCUUAGACCAGCAAUAGUAUAUGGACCUGGUGAUAGGAAUGGCUUAGCACCAAGGCUAGUAGUUGGAGCAGUCUAUAAACAUCUAGGAGAAAUGAUGAAAUUACUUUGGGGACCAGAUCUUCGUAUGAAUACAGUUCAUGUAAGAGAUAUGGCUCGAGCUAUAUGGCAUGUAGCAAACAGAUCUGACACAAUAGGACAAAUAUAUAAUGUUGUUGAUGAAGGAAAUUCCACUCAAGGCUCCAUAAGUGCUAUCGUUUCAGAAUUAUUUAACAUCAACCACGAUUAUUGGGGUACUACACUAUCUACUCUGGCUAAAACUGAUAUGAGUUCUGUAGUCGAAGAGGUAAAUGACAAACAUAUGGGUCCUUGGGCUGACGCAUGUAAUAAAGAUGGAGUUGAGAAUAGUCCUUUAUCUCCAUACAUAGAUCAAGAGUUGCUUUAUAACAAACAUUUAUAUUUAAAAUCAGGAAAGCUAUCUCUUAAUACAGGUUUUACGUAUCUAUAUCCUAAACUCACAAAAGAAUCACUUAAAGAGGUUCUUGAUGAUUAUGUAGCCAUGAAGAUAUUUCCACAUUCCUUAGUACUUUAACUCUUAUCAAUAAUAAUUUUUUAUACAGAAUAUUUGAAUGCUUGUAAUAACUUACACAUACAUAGAAACAUUUCACCUUGUGCCUAGUGAUCUACGCAAGUACGAAAGUUAUAUACUUUAGUAUACACUGAAUACUUAUAUAUAACCACAUUUUACACAUUUAAUAAUACAUUAGGUGAAUUUAUAGAAUUUCAGGAUAAAAAAUCAUGAUUUCAUAGAUGGGCUUGUUUGCCAAUGUGAUAAAAUAGAGAUUAAUGUACUUAAUUUUAUUAUAAUUAAAUUGCAGGUUAAUUUGUUACGCUAUUAAUUGAGAAUUUGAUUGUUAAUAUUUUGAUUGUCAUUUUUAAAGUGCAGAAAUUGCCUAAAUUAAAACAAGUAUUGAGGAUGUGUUUACAUAGUAACAUAAAAUAAUUUAAUACUGUCUAAAUCUCCUCAAUUAAAAAUAAAAUAUAAACUAUUUUGAUAAUUAAUUUUAAUUAAUAUAUACUUGGCCAAAUAUGUUUUUUAUAUACAACGAUUUGAAGAUAUAUAAAAUGAUAUCGAUCAUUGUUAGAGAUACGCGAUUUUUUUUUAAUUAUUGUGUUCAACUGUAUCUUCCAAGUGCUGUGAGUGAACCUGAAAAUCAUUCUAUUCCAAAUAAUUAUCAAUAUAUUUUAUAGUACUUAAUAUGUCAUACAUAAGCGAACGUAUUAAGCCAAGUACAAACAACGUGAUUAAGCUAGGAGAUUUUAUUCUUAUGAUAUUAAUCCUUAUAAAAAUCGCUAGAUAUACAUAGUAAAAGCCUAAUGUUUGCAUAAGGUGAAUGCAUAAAAUGAUAUAAAUCUAUGUUAGUACUAAAUGUCACAUAAGUAUAAUAGCAUUUCUUUUUUAAAAUUGUUGUUAAAAAAUAUACAGCGAGCAUUUUGAUAAUAAAGUUAUUCAAUUUAUCAAUUUCUGUGUUUUCACUUAUAUUUUAAAUAUAAUUCAUUCUAGGUAUAGGCAAUAUAUAAAGAAAAGAAACUAUAUUUUUCUAUCUUAAUUUUAUUCAAUUUUCACUUACAACAAGAUGCUGUAUUCAGAAAGUUCAACAGUAUUCUUAGAUAUUUUGUUUAUCAUUUUAAUUUUAAUACUUUAAACAAUAAGGUUAUAAUUUUAUAUAGUUAAUUAUAUGUAAUAUAUUAAAAUAUAUACUUUUAAUAUUUUCCAGAAAUAAUAUAUGUACAAUUAUGACUACAAGUAUGUACACAGCAAGUGCGUUCUACAAAACGCCAUAAUCUUUAUAAUAUAAUCCUCUAGAUAUUAAUAAAAUAUAAUAAAGAGUAGUGUGUGAAAAUAAAUUAUUAAUAUUUACUUGAUACACAAUAAUUGCUACAUAUAACAAUAUAUAAUACCAAUCAACAUAAUUACAGGUUCUUUUCUCAUAUAAAAGUAAGUAAUGUCUGAAUUACAUUUAAUCACUGAACAUGAAGAUAUAUUUUUCGAGGUAAAAUGCGUAAGUCUAAAUUAUCGUGUCUAGUAGGUACAGACAUUAAGUUAAAAUUAAGUAAUGUAAGUCACUCUGCAGAGCGAUAACUGAGGAGGUAUAUAUGUCUGACUAGAGUCGCCGCACGAUAGUAUUAAUACUUUAACAGUAUAUGGCCAACACUAUUAAUCAGUUAUUACUGGUGCCUAUUGCAAAAUAAAUGGGAUAUAAAUUAUCUUGCUUAUUUCAUAUUAAAGCUAGGAGAUUCUUGUGGCUAGUUUCCAAGUUAAGUUUAAAAUAAAUAUUAAUAAUAAUAUUAUCAGAAAAACAGAACAUAUACAUUUUAAGAUAUAUCAUGU